UACGGUCACGGCGCAGGCCCCGCCCCGCCACUUCCGGUACCGCUGCCGGGAGCCGGUGCGGCUGUGAAGGCUGGAGCUUCUUGCUGCCGCCGCUCGUCGGGCAUGGUGUUGGAUGCCGGCCCGCCUCGCCUGACUCGCGGUGCUCAGAUAACCCUGAGGAGAAGGCAUUGUAGAGUGGGGCUGAAGAAACAGGUGCUAAUGUGCUUUCAGAUGUCUUCCGGCUGAACUGCCCCUUCACUUCAUGAUUGAUCAGUGUAAACCUGACACCAUGACCACACUUAGCACAUCUUCUGGAGGUUACUGUGAAGAAAGGUGGCAGUAAUGCUAACGCUGGCAAGCAAGCUGAAGCGGGAUGAUGGUCUCAAAGGGUCCCGGACAUCUGCCUCCACAUCUGACUCUACUAGACGGGUCUCCGUGAGAGACAAGUUGCUUGUAAAAGAGGUUGCAGAACUUGAAGCUAAUUUACCCUGUACAUGUAAAGUACACUUUCCUGAUCCAAACAAGCUUCAUUGCUUUCAGCUGACUGUAAGCCCAGAUGAGGGUUACUACCAGGGUGGAAAAUUUCAGUUUGAAACUGAAGUUCCUGAAGCCUACAACAUGGUGCCUCCCAGGGUGAAAUGCUUGACUAAAAUCUGGCAUCCCAAUAUCACAGAAACAGGGGAAAUAUGUCUAAGUUUACUAAGAGAACACUCAAUUGAUGGCACUGGCUGGGCUCCCACUAGGACAUUGAAGGAUGUUGUUUGGGGAUUAAACUCUUUAUUUACUGAUCUCUUGAAUUUUGAUGAUCCACUGAAUAUUGAAGCAGCAGAACAUCAUUUACGAGACAAGGAAGAUUUCCGGGACAAAGUGGAUGAAUACAUCAAACGCUAUGCCAGAUGAUAAGAGGGGAGACUGCAGCGCCGAGGACUUUGUCACAGUUGUCGCUGAUGUGAAAAGCUAGAGGUAGCCCUCCUCCCCAUCCUCAUACUCCCUGUCAGCCCCUUGGGCUUGUCCCAGUCUUGCGACCUUGUCCUGAAGAAGACCAUCCUCCUGACUACACAAUACAGCAAGAAAGUGUCUGGGCUUCGAGAGCGUUGUCCGCUUCCCUUAAACUCUGUCUAGGCUGUGGGAUUCUUCCGAAGUUGUAAUGAACUCACCAGUGAGGAUAGCACUUGCUUCCCUUACCCCCCAACAAAAUCGGUGUCCUGCACAAGUGAUGUAAUGACAUGUUUGGUGUGACUGGCAGAUUGGCAAUAAGAAACCCGCUAUAAACUGUGAUUGGAUGCACAUUCUCUUAGCUUCUUCCACAAAUGUUGGCCCUGCCUAGAUGUGAAGCUUCCCGGAAUGCAUAGUCAUUCACUGUAGAUCUUAUUGAAAUGCGUAUUUUAUUUAAUGUAAGUAUAUUUUGGAACAGAUUUGUAAUUUGUACAAUUUGAUGCUUUAAUUAUUUUUUUCUAUUCUGAAUUAGUUUGUAUUUUCAUUGUAUAGAGCAGACACAAAGAUAUUGGGUCAAGCAACUCUUGAAGAGAAAUACAAAGGGACCGUGAAAGGCACAUUACUCAGUUUCUCCAGAUGUAGCAGGAAUCUGGCUGCUGGGUAUCAGCUCUUCCUUCAGGUCCACAUGUGGCAAGGAUGUUUUGGAGACUUAGUACCUAGAGCUCAAUGAUCCAAACCAAAGGCAGGGAGUCUUCCCUCAUAUGCUACCCAGACACAGCAGGCUGAGCUCCCUAAGAAGGAUCGUGGCUGACUCUGCAGUUGUCAUAGCAUGAGCCAGGGCUUCCCUAACAGAGCUCUGUCUUUGCUUUCCAGCAAGAGGAAGUAUCUGGGGAAUCAGCUCAGUCUCUGGUGCUGCCAGGACUGCACUGUGGCUGGCUUCUGACUUGCCAGUGGUUCCAAGCCCUCAUAGGGGAGUCUCACAGGCCUUGGCAGGCUUAGCAGCAGCAGUUACCAUACCCCCUCAGGGUAGAGCCCUUGAGGGUCAGACCUGUCGAGAGAGGCUAGUAGACUUAUUUCAGUUUUUUUAGACACUUAAACCAGUGAAAUCUAAUGCAAAAUAAAUGCAUGUCUGGUUUUAUUCACUGCCUGCCUCGCAUUCGCACUCAACUACCAGUCUUCCUGCCUGUCAUCCUCUGGGUUUGGUGUCCUUUGCAAGGUCAGUCUUGCUUCCCACUUGGUAUCAGAAAUUGGGUCAGUUAGCCACAAGGGGUGACCUCAUCUGACGGGCCACAAACCUAGAUGAACAGAGCAGGAAGGAUGGGGCCCAACAGAGUGAAUGGUGGUACCCCAGUGAUCCAGGACUUGCUCAGGUGCCCCAGCAUUCUCCUCUCAGAGCCUGGGGGAGUGCUGAGACAACCCUCUGCCAAUGUUGGUGUCACUGGGCACUCAGCAGCCAGAUACUAAUGCCACCAUACACUCGUCAGCACUCUCGGUACCCAGCAGUCCUGGUGCCUGAUUGACAGUGCUGGCAUCAAAGGUAGGACUCCCUCACAGGAGUGCUUCCGUGAAGAAACGACACUAAUCCUGUCAGUCAGAUGCCAGACCCGCCUCAGGCUGCGCUGACCUGGUGCUAACCUCAGGCAUUAUACAGUAGCAUUUUAUUAGAGGUCAGAGAAUUUGUGACUUGACAUUUCCAGAUAGUCAAUACCCUCUCGUUCUGUUAAGUGGAAAUCCCUUAGAGAUAGUUCUAGAACCCUUCACCUCACUUCUCCCAGUGAGCAGUAGCUUGUGCCUGACCUCCAGGCUGGUAGCUUCUUGAUCUCCCCACCCAGGCUAAAGCAGCAUUCUAACAGUCCUUGGGACCUCAACAAACUGGUAAUUUUAGUUCUGCCAAGGAAGUGUGAUCCCCAAGCUUGUGAAGAGGCCAGGUCUCGAUGGAAAACUGGUAGGAGUGGUCUGGCCUGGGGAAGGAAGGAAAGGUCUUGGGCAGCUUGAACACACACACUAUCAACCUCUCUCCUGGGUCAUGGCUCUGCUCGGGAGACUGCUGCUCAGACUUUAGAGCUCAGAGAACGAAGCACUCUCAGAAGGAGGGUCGCAUCUCUGAUGAUUCCUUAGACACCCCACCCCAGCAGGUCACUUCCUUUUACAGUCUUUCUAAGGAGCUGAGGCAGAGUCCAGGUCUUGGCUGUGCACCGCUGUGCCUCUUUUCCUCCCAGUCUCCUGCUCUUGCUCAUUUGUUUGCUUUCUGUUAGUUGUGUGGCCCAAGCCUUUACCCCAGUCUCCUCCAUUCUAGGAUGAUGUGCACAACACCCAACUCAUCUUGGUGUUUUUACCCCACUGUUCAGGGAGUAUGGGAGCAGGGUCUUCCAAUGUGGGUGAUCUCCCUUUUUGUUAUGUUCAAGUACUGAGAACCUUACAGCCACCCUGUAUUCCUACUCAACCGGCAGCAAGGUAUGCACUUGAAAAGCCCUCAGUGCUGUAGAGCAGCUCCGGGGACUGCCUUCCCGCCUACUCACUCACUUCUGUGAGAGCACUGUGAUGAGCUCUCGGAGCAACCUAAAGCCACCCUGGAUUCCCCCCCUCCCCCGGCAACUCUGAUGGGGUUGUGAUUUGUUUAACCUUUAGUUGAAUCGCUCUAUUCUUUUUUAUUCUUUACUAAACGUAAACUCGCCAAGAUUCCUGUGAACAGAACAGUCGGGGGGGGUUGUUUGUUUGUUUAUGUUUAUUUGUUUAUUUUAAGUAUUAUGAGUGUUGUGUCCGCAUGGACUCCUGCUUGCCAGAAGAAGGAAUCAGAUCCCAUUAUAAACAGUUGUGAACCACCAUGAGUUCUGGGAAGAGCAGCCAUCAAUGCUCUUAACCACUGAGGCAUCCGUCCUGACAGCAGGGUUUUUGCUGACAACCCAGCAUAAUUUUUAUUGUAAAAACACCGCUAAUGGGCUGACAAUACAGUUCAGCAGCAAAGGUGCUGUGCACAAGCCUGGUGACCUGAGUUUGAUACCCGGAACCCAUGUAAAAAUGGAAAGAGAAUGACUCGAGUUUUCCUCUGAGCUCCUCAAUAAAAACAUAAGGUAAAACAAUAGAAGGCUAUCAGCCAGCAACCAUGGUCUGUAGUAGGUACUUCGUUGGCUGUCCCAGAGGUGAUUUUCACCUUCACCUGCUUAAAAAUACCCCAUCUAAGAAAGAUCCCAGGUUGCUACAGUUCCACUGUUCUCAACGUGCUUAAUAAAAUCUUAGAGUAUGGUUACAUGGCUAGGAAUACUUUUGCCAAAGAAUUUGAAAGAUAAAGCCUGUGACCCCCUCUUCCCUCCCAUGACCUGUAUUAUACACUAGACAGCACAUGGCUGAUGCUGAGGCCGCACUGCCUGUCCGGGCUUCUUAUCGCAGUUUAAAGCACAUGGUGGAGGCCUUGUCGAGAAUGUUUGUACAUGUUGAGUGGCAUAAAGACUUCUCUCAAAUCUCAGCUUUGGACUCAUUUGCUCUCAUUUUCAAAUUUCCUGAGCCAGAGUUUUCCCAAAAAUUUUCCUAGGCUUCUAGCAGAACUGUUGUGAACAGGGUUUCUUGCGCAGCCUUUGACAGGAUCACCUGCCAGGCAGGCAUCCACACAGAAAAGAGAGGAGCUAAGACGUCUUAGGUUAAGGAUGUUCCUGCUGCCCUGCUAAACAAUGGGCUCUGGCAGGUCUAGAUGUGUCUGUGUUUCGUUUCUCCACACUGCGUCUUUAAUGGCCUCUUCUCGUUUUUGUUGAGCUUUCUAGCCACUCCUCACAGGUAAUUAGGUAUCAAGCCAGCAAUUUGUGUUAGCAAACAUUUCUCUUUAGAGAAGAAAAGCCCGGUUCUAAUAAACCCAUGUCCUUCCUUCCUGAACUAUGGGAACUGAGGGUCCAUGUUGGGCAGAGCUGCGGUGAACAUGAACAGCCUUUUCCCAUUCCAGAAGCUUUCCCUCAUACUAGUGUCUAAAAAGAUAGGGCCAUGUCCUGGGAGGACUGGUAAGGAGUUCUCGAUCAACUUGGGACAUAGGCCAAGUUCCAGUGAUUCCAUGGAUCCUGUUGCCCUCAAUAUGGGUGUCAGACUGGUAAUGGUGGUGUAUUGGCAGAUUAAAAGAAGCAGCCUGAAGUCCAUGCCAUGGCAAAACCCUGGUACAGAAGCAGUCUUCCCACAUUGUUUUCAUCCGUAGAAAGGGUUGUAAGACAUCCUUGGCCGCCUCACAGCUUCCCAAGUCCUUCAAAAUAAUUCCCCCUAUACCCGGCAUGCAGAGCUCACUAUGCUGCCCUUACAGGAAAUAGCCAUUUAGGGCCCUGGCCUCAAAAAUCGUACCUUCAUGUCCUGAGAUGACACUGGUCUAGUUAAGUCAAGUCUCAGCUUUCCUCUUGGGGUCUGUCCAGAUU